GUAAAGUUUAACAAAUAUUUAAAAGUUUUAUGCUUUCCUUUUGAAAGAAAAUCAGUUUUAAAAAUAGCAUAUAGUCUCAACAAAAUGACAAAUAGUUUUGAAGAUAUAAUUCCAAUGUUAGUGCUUUGCUUGAUGAUUGCAGCUCAAAAUCAAUGUGAAGGGAAAGCAUCAACAUCACUAUACAGACGUCGUUCUCAAGAUACAUGUCCAUUGGUGAAACACAUCCUCAAAGAAGAAAGAUUUGAGACAUUGGAGGAUUGCACCUUUAAAUGUCAUCAAGAAGUACUUUGUAUUGGAUUCAACUUCAUCAAUUACUCCAGGCAAAAUAUAAACUGUCAGUUGACAUCAUCACUUCAGCAUGAACACCAAAAUUGUCACGAGAGAAAAUGGAAUUUUUAUCAGAAAUUAUCAACUGACCCACAGGUGCCAAGUGUUAAGCAAAAACAAUGCAAAAAUGGAGGUUGGGCAGUUCUUAAUGCCAAAAAUGUACCAAAGUCGGAUCCUUAUAAAUGCCAAUGUCCAAUUACAUAUACAGGAGAUUUUUGUGAAAUUGGUCCACGACUGGCAAGAAAGUUUGAUGGUGGCAAUACACAUCAAUAUGGAUUAUAUGUCAACUCUUCUAAGCAAUUCAAUGCAUUUUCAAUAUCAUUUUGGAUCACAAUGUCUGAUGAUAUUUAUUACGAGACCCAAGAGGCAUCGAUAAUAUCCUAUGCAUUUAAACAAGAAGGCCAAGUCCAUGCAAACGCUCCUUUAUUUCUUAUCUUAAACAAGAAGUUAUCUUCAUAUUUUCUUCGUACAUUUUUUAGAACUAACAUUAGUGAUAUAUUUGAUGGAAAAGGACAUCAUAUUAUGAUCACGUGGCAAAAGGUUGAUGGACAAAUGAUCAUUUACCAAGACGGCGAACAAAAAGAUUCAAAAUUAGUUGCAAAAGGUCAAAAUCUUCUAGCAGGAGGAAUAUGGGUGGUUGGACAGGAUCAAGACACAUUUGGUGGAGGAUUUCAGAAUAGUGACUGUUUCAAAGGAAUAAUAGACGCUGUAUACAUAUGGGACAAAGUUUUGUCGAUUGAUGAGAUAAAGCUACUGGCAAAUAACUGCAAUGCAUAUUUAAGUGGAUACAGUAUUGGUUACCAUGACUUUGAAUUUACUAAUACUACUAAUCGUGUUGAGCCAACUUGCUCCGUAUGA